ACAUUGAUAUUUUCCUCUUUUUCAGAUUCCUAAUCAUGGCUUUAACAGUACCCAAUGCCAUGGAUACAAUUGAUUCAGCCCAGAAGAAUGCAAUUGUACAUGAUCAAGAGUUUUUACUACAGGGAUCAGUGUUGGAUGCAUCACUGUUAGUAGUGAUUGAUAGACUACGAGGACUCUGUGAUAAUGCUGACAUCCAACCAGAGACAUUUCAUGAUCAUGAGAUUGUGUUCCUUUUGAAGGAUUUUUCUGCUGCACCCACACCUGGUCCUACGUCACAAGGUGUUAUGCUGAGAGUAAGACGAGCUGUAGAUCACCCAGAGCUGCCCUAUCAGUUACGCUACGUUGGAUUCCCAGAAAUUGCUGGUAACAAAAACCCUAGAGAAAAUAUGGAAAAUGGCCGCCAAAAGGCUGUCACCUUGGAUAACCCCUCAAACCGGGACUGGGACUAG